AUGAUUAUCUUCGUUUUUUUAGCGGUUUUCUUUGCCGAUCCUGCAACCCGGCUUGAGACAAACGGUGAUGGCGAGCUAGUUCCGCAGCGAAGAGAGCGCUACGUAUUUCGUCCGAUUCUCAUCAAAAUACUUGAAGGCUUUUUUGCUCAGUCUCCAUUCCCGGACCUCAACAAACGAGUGGAAAUUGCUACCACAUGCAAUCAAGUACUUCAGAUUGAAAAACGAGGUGUUGGACUAAUGCCGAAGGAAGUUGUUUCACCUCAGGUGGUGGCUAACUGGUUUGCAAACAAACGGAAGGAACUGAGAAGACGUUCACAGGAAGCCAGUGAACAAGCUGCAGUGGCAGCUGGUACAGCUACAAGCCAAGCAACCACUCCAGCUCAUACUGCAAAUGAGGAAGCAACGAGUUCCGGUGUUGGCUCAACACCUUCUCCAAUAAUGGAGGAGAAUGAAUCAGCGGAACAGCAAGAAUCCGAAACUCGCCCACUGGAUGUUGUAGCUCUAGCUGCUCGUUUGGGCAUUGCUUUUCCGCAACUUCCGACGACCUCUACAGAAUCCACCACCACAGCGGAAACUUCAUUUUCACAAGCGCUUCCUAUAGCUACCUUAGCAUCCCACAUAUUGGCGGCCAGCCAGAAUUUGGCAUGCUACAACAAUGACUCACAGACCCCGCUGACUAUGGCUUCCUUGGCAUCACAGCUACUGCCUGCUGCCACGACUGGAACAGCGCCGCCUGUGAGCAUUAUGGACUCGCUUAUAACUCCCGGUUUACAGUUGCUCAACGGUCAACUGCCUGUGCUCAACGAGCUCUGCAAUAACGAGCAGCAGCUCGAAUCCAACGAUCAUAAUUUGCUUUCUAUGACGUAUGAUCAACUUCAUCCGACUCUGUUGAAGACAGAACCGAUGGAAUGA